AUAAGAUGGCGGCGGCGUUGCUGGGGCGGCGGCGGCGGCGGUUGCGGCUGUCGCGGAGCGCGGGCGGUGCGCGGCUCUGCCCGGGCUCGCAGGGCGGAUAGAGCGGGGCCGGCGCGGCGGAGCGGGGCCGCCAUGGGCUCCCAGGUGCUGCAGAUCCUGCGCCAGGGCGUGUGGGCGGCGCUGAGCGGCGGCUGGUACCAGGAUCCGCACCAGGGCGCGGGGGUCAACGCGCUGCACCUCUACCUGUGGCUCUUCCUUCUCGGCUUCCCCUUCACCCUGUACAUGGCUCUUCCUUCUUCCAUGAUGAUAGUAGCUGUCUACUGCCCAGUGAUAGCAGCUCUCUUUAUCGUUUUGAAGAUGGUGAAUUACCGUUUGCACAGGGCACUGGAUGAGGGAGAAAUUGUGGAGAGGAAUGCCAGUGAGCAUAUGGACAGAGGUGCAAAAACAGAACAAAGCAGUGUUUCAGCCAAGAGGAAAGACAGCAAUGGGCCCAGUGACCCUGGUGGAGGGAUUGAGAUGUCAGAGUUCAUACGAGAAGCAACUCCUCCUGUUGGCUGUAGUUCACGCAAUUCUUACGCUGGGAUAGAUCCAAACAACCAGGAGUGGCUGGAUUUUGAAAGGGAGCCUACUGUCCCAUCAGUUGUAUCUGGGUUAUCUCGUCUGGGAACAGCAGCAACUAUCAAAGGUGAUACUGACACUGCCAAGACCUCUGAUGAUAUCAGUUUGAGUCUUGGCCAGAGUUCUAGCCUAUGUAAAGAAGGGAGUGAAGAACAAGAUUUGGCAACUGAUCGGAAGCUUUUUCGUCUGGUGUCGAACGACUCAUUUGUCUCCAUCCAACCUUCAUUGUCCUCUGGACAGGAUUUGCCAAGGGACAGCGGUGACAAAGUGUGCCUCUCGAACAACCAGCUUGUGGACCAGUCUAAAAACAGUGCAUGUGACACAGAAGUAGCUUCGCUGGUAACUCUGCAUUCUCACUCCUAUAGGAAGGAUCACAGACCUCGAGGUGUACCAAGGACUUCUAGCUCUGCUGUUGCUUUUCCGGAUGCUUCACUAAAUGACUUCCCCCUCUAUCAGCAAAAACGAGGACUAGAUCCUGUCAGUGAGUUAGAAGCUUCCAAACCCCCUUCUGGAUCCCGAGAGUCUUUGGGGGAGAACUCUUGCAUUUCAGGAGUUUUUCAAUUAGAUGACAUUCUGAAAAGUAGCAGCCCUCAACCAUUGACUAAGAGUGGGAAGAGCAAAUCCUUAAAAGCAGACAAAAGUAUGGACAGUCUGAGAAGCCUGAGUACUAGAAGCAGUGGUUCAACAGAAAGCUACUGCAGCGGGACUGAUCGUGACACCAACAGUACCAUCAGUAGCUAUAAAAGUGAACAUACUAGCUCAACGCAUAUAGAAAGUGUAUUGUCAGAGCAUGAGGAGGAGUCUCCUAGAGAAGAGAAAAAGGAUGAUAAGAAAAAAGACUGUGGUGUCGACUCAGAGGAUGACAGUAGUUCUACUACUGACAAAAGGACUAGUAGCCAAAGGACUGCUGUGGAAGUGAGUCCUCUGGGUGGUGUUCAAGAGGUAAAGGGUUCUAAUGCAUCUGAUGAGAUGCACAACCAGAAAGGUCUUGGUGCCUCUGCUUCAGAAGAGGCCAAUAAGAACCCACAUGCCAAUGAAUUGACUACACAAGCUGACAGGCCGCAUGGGAAGGCUGCUGAACAAAGAGAUGAGCAGAGUGAGAAACUAGCUGUGUUAGUAGAUUCAAGAGCUGCUAAAGAAACUAGUGGAAAACAAAAAGAAGGAGAUGUCAGACCAAAAUCUUCUAGUUUGAUACAUCGAACAGCCUCUACCCACAAGUCGAGCCGGAGAAGGACAGGAAAAAAGCGGGCUAGUAGUUUUGAUUCAAGUCGGCACAGGGAAUAUGUUUCCUUCCGAGGUGUAUCUGGUACUAAACCUCACAGUGCUGUGUUUUGUCACGAUGAGGACUCCAGUGAUCAAAGUGACUUGAGCAGGACAUCAAGCAUGCAGUCAGCUCACCAGUUCAGCAGUGAUAGCUCUUCCAGCACCACUUCCCAUUCAUGCCAGUCUCCUGAGGGAAAAUACAGUGCUUUAAAGACCAAAUACGUUUCUAAAGACCGUGGGGGCACAGACUCUGAAAAUGCUCACAAAACCCACGUAAGCUCUGAAGGAAUUAGCAAAAAAAGAUCUACACGACGGACUUCUAGCACAAACAGUGCCAAGAAUCGUGCCAGAGUGUUAAGCCUGGACAGUGGUACUGUAGCUUGUUUAAAUGACCCAAAUGGUUUAAUGGCACCAGGUAAUAUAAAACAGUUAACCACUUCAAAAUCUGAUUUGGAAGCCAAAGAAGGAGAGGUGCUAGAUGAGCUAUCUCUGUUGGGAAGGGCUUCACACUUAGAGUCAGUCACUCGUUCUAGGAAUAGCUUACCAAGCCAGGCUACAUUUCCUGAAGGGGAAGAGCAAGAAUCAGCAAGUGGAGCAGCACAAGCCAGCGAGGAGACUGUCACAUUUCGCCGUGAACGCAGCACAUUUAGGCGUCAGGCAGUACGACGCCGGCACAAUGCAGGGAGUAACCCUACCCCUCCUACAUUGCUCAUCGGAUCACCCCUCAGCCUUCAAGAUGGUCAGCAAGGCCAGCAGUGCUCCUCCCAGGUCAGAGUGCAGUCCUGCCCCCCUUCCCAGGCAGCUGUGCCCGGCGCUAGCGCCUCCUUGCUGGUGAGAAAUGGGAGUGUCCACUUAGAAGCAUCACAUGCCACUGCAUCUGCUGUAGGCGGUAGCAGUUUGCACGAUGAACUUGGUAAGUUCAGUUCUACGCUCUACGAGACAGGGGGCUGCGACAUGUCGCUUGUGAACUUUGAGCCAGCUGCAAGAAGAGCAUCCAACAUCUGUGACACGGACUCUCACGUAUCGAGUUCUACCUCAGUUCGCUUUUAUCCACAUGAUCUACUUUCUCUUCCUCAGAUCAGGUUGAACAGGCUGCUAACAAUGGAUACAGAUCUGUUGGAGCAGCAAGAUAUUGACCUGAGCCCUGACCUUCAGGACCACAUGCAGCCUCAAGAGGAAGCAGCUCAAAAAGUCAAGCAGUACUAUCGCUUUUGGAUCCUGCCUAAACUUUGGAUUAGCAUCAAUUUUGAUAGAUUAACUCUUCUGGCUUUAUUUGAUAGGAAUCGUGAGAUCCUUGAAAACGUAUUAGCUGUCAUCCUAGCUAUUCUAGUUGCAUUUCUGGGCUCUGUACUUCUUAUAGAGGGCUUUUUCAAGGAUAUUUGGGUCUUCCAGUUUUGCCUGGUAAUAGCCAGUUGCCAGUACUCACUGUUGAAGAGCGUUCAGCCAGAUUCUUCUUCCCCCCGACAUGGUCACAAUCGUAUCAUAGCCUAUAGUAGGCCUGUAUAUUUCUGUUUGUGUUGUGGUCUGAUUUGGCUGUUGGAUUAUGGCAGCAGACACAUAUCUACAACAAGGUUCAGGUUGUAUGGAAUGGCUUUCACCAACCCAUUGCUGCUGCUGUCAGCCAGGGACUUAGUUAUAGUGUUUACACUAUGUUUCCCUAUAGUAUUCUUCAUUGGUCUCCUGCCUCAGGUGAAUACAUUUGUGAUGUAUCUCUGUGAACAGCUGGACAUUCAUGUCUUUGGUGGCAAUGCUACCACAAGCCUGCUUGCAGCACUUUACAGUUUUAUCUGUAGUAUUGUGGCAGUAGCAUUGUUGUAUGGACUGUGCUAUGGUGCCCUGAAGGAUUCCUGGGAUGGGCAGCAUAUUCCAGUUCUCUUCUCCAUAUUUUGUGGUUUGUUAGUGGCAAUAUCGUAUCAUCUCAGCAGACAAAGCAGUGACCCUUCUGUGCUUUUCUCUUUAGUGCAAUCAAAAUUUUUUCCUAAUUCUGAAGACAAAAACCCUGAAGAUCCUCUGUCUGAAGUAAAAGAUCCUUUACCUGAGAAGCUUAGAAAUUCUGUGAGUGAACGAUUGCAGUCUGACCUGAUAGUGUGUAUAGUCAUUGGUGUCCUCUAUUUUGCAAUUCAUGUCAGUACAGUAUUUACAGUUUUACAGCCUAUUUUAAGUUAUGUUCUCUAUGCAUUGGUGGGUACGGUGGGCUUUGUGACCCAUUAUGUUCUGCCUCAACUCCGAAAGCAGCUUCCUUGGCAUUGCUUUUCUCACCCGCUGCUGAAAACCAAGGAAUACCACCAGUUUGAAGUCCGGAAUGCUGCGCAUGUUAUGUGGUUUGAGAAACUUCACAUUUGGCUCCUUUUUGUAGAGAAAAAUGUUAUCUAUCCACUGAUAGUCCUCAAUGAGCUUAGUAGCAGCGCUAAGAAUAUUGCUAGUCCAAAGAAACUGGAUACUGAGUUGGGUGCUUUAAUGAUCACAAUAGCUGGCUUGAAGUUACUGCGUUCAUCAUUCAGUAGCCCAACGUGCCAGUAUGUCACUGUUAUUUUCACAGUGCUCUUCUUUACUUUUGAUUACAAAAGUUUUACUGAGACCAUGCUGCUAGAUCUCUUCUUCAUGUCCAUACUCUUCAGCAAGCUUUGGGAACUCUUUUAUAAAUUGAGAUUUGUAUAUACCUACAUUGCUCCCUGGCAGAUCACAUGGGGAUCUGCCUUCCAUGCUUUUGCCCAGCCCUUUGCUGUGCCACAUUCUGCCAUGUUGUUUGUCCAAGCAGUUGUGUCAGCUUUCUUCUCUACUCCACUGAAUCCUUUUCUGGGAAGUGCAAUAUUCAUCACUUCAUAUGCCAGGCCUGUCAAAUUCUGGGAAAGAGACUACAACACAAAACGUGUGGAUCAUUCAAAUACUAGACUGGCUUCGCAGUUGGAUCGGAAUCCAGGUUCAGAUGAUAACAACCUGAAUUCUAUCUUCUAUGAGCAUUUAACCCGUUCCCUUCAGCACAGCUUAUGUGGAGACUUGUUGUUGGGUCGCUGGGGCAACUACAGUACUGGGGACUGCUUCAUCCUAGCCUCUGACUACCUCAAUGCACUAGUACACCUUAUAGAGAUAGGAAAUGGCUUGGUCACCUUCCAGCUGAGGGGGCUUGAGUUCAGAGGAACUUACUGUCAGCAACGGGAAGUAGAGGCCAUCACUGAAGGUGUAGAGGAAGAUGAAGGUUUUUGUUGCUGUGAACCAGGCCACCUUCCUCACAUGCUUUCCUUUAAUGCAGCCUUUGGGCAGCGUUGGCUGGCUUGGGAAGUGCUUGUAACAAAGUAUGUUCUGGAGGGUUACAGCAUCACUGACAACAGUGCAGCUUCCAUGCUCCAAGUCUUUGAUCUCCGGAAAAUUCUCACCACCUACUAUGUGAAGGGAAUCAUCUAUUAUGUCACAACAUCCCCCAAGCUAGAGGAAUGGCUAGCUAACGAGACAAUGCAGGAGGGCCUGCGGCUGUGCACAGACCGCAAUUAUGUGGAUGUAGACCCAACAUUUAACCCCAAUAUUGACGAGGAUUAUGACCACCGUCUGGCAGGGAUCUCACGAGAGAGCUUCUGUAUGAUAUAUUUGAACUGGAUAGAAUAUUGCUGCUCUCGAAGAGAAAAGCCACUGGAUUCAAGUAAAGACUCACCCCUAGUGACACUGUGUUAUGGACUGUGUGUUCUGGGGCGGAGAGCAUUGGGAACAGCUUCACAUCAUAUGUCUAGUAACCUGGAAUCCUUCUUGUAUGGCCUUCAUGCCCUAUUUAAGGGUGACUUCCGUAUAUCUUCAAUUAGAGAUGAAUGGAUCUUUGCUGACAUGGAAUUACUGAGGAAAGUAGUGGUCCCUGGAAUACGGAUGUCACUGAAGCUACAUCAAGAUCACUUCACUUCUCCAGACGAAUAUGAUGAUCCUUCUGUGCUCUAUGAAGCUAUAACAACUCAUGAAGAGAACCUAGUUAUAGCACACGAAGGGGACCCUGCUUGGCGGAGCGCGGUUCUUUCCAAUUCUCCGUCCCUUCUUGCUCUGCGCCACGUGAUGGACGAUGGCACCAAUGAGUAUAAAAUCAUUAUGCUCAAUAAGCGCUAUCUCAGUUUCAGGGUCAUUAAGGUCAAUAAGGAGUGUGUACGUGGCCUGUGGGCAGGACAACAGCAGGAGCUUGUCUUCCUGCGUAAUCGUAAUCCAGAAAGAGGAAGUAUCCAAAAUGCUAAACAAGCUCUGAGGAACAUGAUCAACUCUUCUUGUGACCAGCCGAUUGGAUACCCAAUCUAUGUCUCACCGUUGACUACUUCCUAUUCAGAUAGUCAUGAACAGCUAAAGGACAUUCUUGGGGGAGCCAUCAGCUUGGGAAACAUCAGAAACUUCAUAGUGUCUACAUGGCACAGACUAAGGAAAGGCUGUGGAGCUGGCUGCAAUAGUGGUGGAAAUAUUGAAGAUUCAGAUGCUGGAGGUGGAGCUUCUUGCACAAGUAACAAUGCAACUAUCAAUGAGUCACAGAGCAGCAUGUCACAAGGAGGAGGGAAUGCAACUACAGGGCAGGGACCUGGAGCAGUACAGCAUCCUCCUGUUGCAGCUCACCCCACAACUUUUCCUGCAGCUCAUCCACCAACUCAUCCCUCCACUCUGGGCACCAGUCACAGCUCUCACUCUGUGCAGUCCAGCCUUGUCAGACAUUCCCCUGCCCGUGCCUCAGUAGCUAGCCAUUCAUCCUACUGCUACGGCAGCCGUCAUUCAUCUCUUCGCACAUCCACAACAGGCUUUGUGCCUUGCCGGCGCUCUUCCACCAGUCAGAUAUCCCUUCGUAACCUCCCAUCAUCCAUCCAGUCCCGCCUGUCUAUGGUCAACCAAAUGGAACCUACUGGCCAGACUGGGGUCAGCGUGCAGCAUGGACUGCCCUCUUCUAGCAGCUCCAGCCAAAGCAUCCCAGCCUGUAAACAGCAUGCCCUUGUGGGCUUUCUAGGGACAGAAGGAGGGAGUAAUGCAGCUGAAACUCAGUCAGGUGGCAGUGCAAGCCCUGCAAACCAAAUGCAAGCCAAAAAGGAUGACGUUAUUUACAGAAUCCAGUUAAUGGAUCCCAGUCAAGUACUGGAAGGGAUCAACGUGUCAAAAAGGAAAGAGCUGCAGUGGCCAGAUGAGGUGAUACGGCUAAAAGCUGGAAGAAACAGCUGGAAAGACUGGAGUCCUCAGGAAGGCAUGGAAGGCCAUGUGAUUCACCGCUGGGUGCCUUGCAGCAGAGAUCCAAGUAGUCGGUCACAUAUAGAUAAAACCAUCCUGCUGGUUCAAAUUGAAGAUAAAUAUGUUGCUGUUGUUGAAACUGGAGUCCUUGAACUUGGGGCUGAAGUGUAAAUCUCUUUGAGACUGAAACUUCCCCUUCUCCAAUGAUUCAGAAGAGAGAGGGGUCCAGAAGAAGCCGCUCCCAGGACACGAAACUUUGGUCUGGUUGUAGGAAAGGACUUGAAACACAGAUUUGUCUAAGUCCCUUCCCCCAAAUAAACAAGUGUAAGAAUUUUUUUUAAGUUGUUAGCUGCUGAAGAAACACUUGCAUGAAGGAUAGAUUUGUUGAGACAUAUCUUUUGUUUAUAAAUUUUGUUAUGCAUUGCGUAAUGCUUUAAAUCAAGAAACUUUUCAGUUCUAAGAUCAGAGCACCUCAUAUUUUUCUAAUUGUUUUGCCAAAAAUUGCCAUGUCUUGUCACAGAGUGCGUGGAAUUCAUCCACCUUAUUUUAAUGAAAUUGACUACAAACCUUCAGUUUGGUGAAACAGUGUAAGGGUUUCAGGUGUGGCAAGAAGAGACUGAACAGAUGUAUAGAUUCUUAUUCCUUAUGAGCUAAACAUUAAUGAGAACUGCACUAAUUUUUUUACAGCAAUGCACUAAAAACAACCCUGAGAUUGCUGAGAACAUUUAUUUAUAUAUAUAAAUAUAAGUAUAUAAAAUACCAUUAUUUAAAUUGCCUUUGGGAUUAAUCCCCUCCCUCUCCAUAUACAUGUUGAUGGUAAGGGCUGUGCCAUGGGUUUGGUUCUUUGUUCUGUAUUUCGUACAAGUGCAUUUGCUGCAUCCUCUUCACAAUAAAUGGUAAAAUAACAAA